CUGGGGAGCAACCUUUCCACACUAACGAGCUGUUAGGGAACGAGCUGUCAGUGAAAGUAGUUAAGGCAGGUUAACAACAUUAAAAAAACAUUUGGACAGGUACAUGGAUAGAAAGGUUUAGAGGGAGAUGGACGUUGGGCUUGUUUCCGUGCGGUGUGACUCCAAAUCAAAGUAGUGCAGAGCACUAUGAAAGUUAUUAACGGAACACGUCAUCCCUCGGGAUGCCGAGCUCCUGGUGCAGUGGAGUAAGGAGCGGUGCAGCGCCGGGCAAGCGUGCGCCAGUGAUGCUCUGCUGUUGACAGCCGUAGCUAACUCUGCCAGAGGAUUCCACACAUACCGCAGUUGCAGCUUUGGUUGCAGCCCCAGCUCGGCCCCCCGCCUGGGAGGGCGGCCACUACUGCGGAAACCCAGGCUGCCAAUUACCCGCCGCUUCGCUGGGUCCCGAGUGCAGCACCGCCCGGUUCCGGGAGUAUGGGCCGAGCCUGCCCGUGGGGGCCGUACAGCCUGUGGUUGCUCGCCGCCUGCUUCGGCACACACGACGCGGGCGCGGCUCCAGCGUCUGCGGCCCCGGCUCCUUGCCUCAGCCCAAGCGAGCUGCGCAGAUUCUCUGAACAUCCCCGGAGGAUCCCUCCCACUAACGAGUGCAUGUUGAACUGUACCGUGCGGACGUACAUGAAAAUCCUCCGACAGCAGAAAAGAAUGACGGUCCGCCUACACAACUCAGUGACAGCCAGUGAGAAUGAGUACUGCUGGCCCUCCUACUUGCGCUGUUGGAACGGUGAGCAGCUGGACAAAGCCUUUGUGUUCUUGGACACGGAUGAGGGAAAGGUCAACGCGUCUGCGAGUUACGGACUGAGCUCAGCCACAGCAACGUCAGCCCACGGAGUGCAGGUGGCACCGCAGGCUGCCAGCUCCGUCAUGAGCGAGCUGUGCGGCAUCAAGUUCGACACAACAACCCUCUUCAAAACCACAGCCAGUAACUUCUGCGUGCAGGUCACCUGUCAGGACACUAUUUCCACCUCAUGUGGCUCACUGAACACCACCCUGAAGUGUCCGCCGUUCUUGGCGACCGUGUGGUCCAGGUUCUAGCAGCCUGUGUGCUGAGGGAUGGAUGGUGGACACUGUCCGCAGUGAACUUAACACAGCAACAUUUUCUAAAACUAUUUUUUGUUGAACAGAAGAGUCAAAAUAUUUAGAACUGUUACAAAAUGGCGCCCCAGAAAUGCUGGGUGCCCCUCAUUUUACAGAGAGGACAGAUUUUUUUUUUUAUAAAUCCUUGUUUUGUGUA